UAAACGGUCACAUCUCAAAAAAUUUAACAAUCAUAUUUAACUGUCAAACACUUGGAAUUAUUUCCAGAAAAUACACAACUGGUUUGUGUGUUACUUGUGGGCUUUUUAAAAACAUAGACCCCUGAAAUCAAUCUUUGGGGGCUAAGCCCAAUAACCUAUUACUUUUAUAAAGUCAUGCAGAUUAUUCAGAUGUGCAAUCUCUAUGUGGGAAACAUUGGUUGACCUGAAUUUAAAUCAGUUUUCUGAGGGUGGUCGAAGGAUCACAUGAUCAGAAUAAUCUCUGAUGACUGUUAAAAAUGCAAAUUUUGUAGCUCUACCUAGUAACUUUUGAUUAAGGAUCUUUAUUCAUUCAAAAGGAAAAGAGCCACUCACCUAAAUGUUGGAGAGAAUAUAUUUCAUCUUCAUUUAAGUUCAAGCUAUCUAUCUUAUUAGCUAGUUUCUUAGUAGUAUUGAGAAGAAUGAGAUCAGUUGUUUCUGGGCCUGUUGGCUGUCAUUCAGCUUACACUGAUUUCAGGAGAGAUUGGGAAAGAACGGGCAGAUAGUUUUCACCAUUACUAGAAACAAAGAUGAAAAUGUGUCUAUAUACAAAAUAAUGGAUAAGCACGAAGAGUAUUACUUGAGGGAAUAUAGUAAGUCCCCAGUACAUGUAUCUGUGCUAGGUGUGAUUCUACAUGCUUUAUACAGAUUGUCCCAUGGAAGCCCCAAAACAACCUAGUGGGUAGGUAUUGUUAAUGCUGUUUUACAAAUGAAACUGAGGCAUCGAAAGCUUAAAUAACUUGCCAAAGGAUAUAACUGAUACAUGGUGGAGCUAAGAUUUGAACCCAGGCCACUUGGUUCAAAGUGUAUACCCUUAACUACUAUACUAAAGUAUGUAUUACACAGAAUACAAACAGUAUAUCCACUGCCCUCUAAAAUAUAUGAAGCAUUUUCCCCCCAGAAAUUAGAUGGAUUUUCUCCAGGAGCUGGAUUUCAAGUUCUGAUUUUCACAGUCUCUGCAACAAGAGAAAUCAACUUCCUAUCUUAAUUUUUUGGCUUUACCAAGAAGAAUUUUGAAUUGAAUUUUCAAUUCAACUUUCAACUGAAUUCUCUUUAUUCAAAGUGUUUUGCAUAAAAUUAGUUAAAGCUUAUUAAGUAAGUCUAGUCAAAACUCAUUGCAAAGACUUUUUUUUUUUUUUACUUUUGUGAGAUAACUCCGUUAUUUAACCAACUUACACAUCACUUACAGUGUAUCCAGGCACCUCACUGAUGCUGGAAAAAGGAUGGAAAAGGCAUCAUUUCUAGUAUUCAAGGAGCCCACUUGGAUGAAAAAAAAUUUUUUUAAAGGUACAAAAGGUUGCGCCUAAUUAUACUUUGGGGAAAAGAAAGCCUUUGUGUGGAAAGUUAUAUAUAAACCAGGUUGUUAGAUGAAGGGUUUAUCAAGUGCAGUACAAAAGGGUGGUGAGCUGUAGGCUAGACUAAGCUUCAAGGACUCUGAAUGCAGGUUCCUGGAGUAGUGACGAUAAAUGCAGCUGAGCUUGGUUUAGAGAACCUGGAGCACAGCAACAGGCACAAAGCUAGAAAACAAGGUUGAGCCUGACUGUGGAGAGCUUCCUAAUGAGAAAAGGAGCUAGAAGCUCCACUUAGGAACUGCAGCGAUCAGACACACGCCCAUGAAAACAGGCAGCUGGGUUUGUGCAUAGGUGAUCACUCGUAUCCUUACGGAGAAUAUUUUCCGUAGCAUGAUAAGGGCAGAAAUGAGUCGAUGUGAGUUUAUGUAGAUUUGGGUUUAUUGGGAGAAUGCUUGGUCUUGAAAGAGAAAGGAGAUAAAAGGUUGUCUCUGGUUUUAUUUUCGAAGCAAAUGAAGCAAAUGGAAAACUGAAGAUGAAGAAAAGAGUACAGUCACCUGAAGGAAGAAGGGAAGUAUGACUACCCUAAAUCCGGCAUGAUGGGGAGCAUUUUAUUGAUGCUAAACAAAUGUAACAUUGUGCUGCAAGUCAAUCAAUACAGUAAUUUAAGUCCUUUCAACUAUAAUGGAAAAGUAUGAAAAAUUAGCUAAGAUUGGAGAAGGGUCCUAUGGGGUUGUAUUCAAAUGCAGAAACAAAACCUCUGGACAAGUGGUAGCUAUUAAAAAAUUUGUGGAAUCUGAAGAUGAACCAGUUGUUAAGAAAAUAGCACUAAGAGAAAUACGUAUGUUGAAGCAAUUAAAACACCCAAACCUUGUGAACCUCAUUGAGGUAUUCAGGAGAAAAAGGAAAAUGCAUUUAGUUUUUGAAUACUGUGAUCACACACUUUUAAACGAGCUGGAAAGAAACCCCAAAGGAGUUGCUGAUGGAGUGAUCAAAAGUGUAUUAUGGCAAACACUUCAAGCUCUUAAUUUCUGUCAUAAACAUAACUGUAUUCACAGAGACGUAAAACCUGAAAAUAUUCUAAUAACUAAGCAAGGAAUAAUCAAGAUCUGUGACUUUGGGUUUGCACGAAUUCUGAUUCCAGGAGCCGCCUACACCGAUUACGUGGCGACACGAUGGUACCGAGCUCCUGAACUUCUUGUGGGAGAUACGCAGUAUGGUUCUUCUGUAGAUGUGUGGGCCACUGGUUGCGUUUCUGCAGAGCUUCUGACGGGCCAGCCACUCUGGCCUGGAAAAUCAGAUGUGGACCAGCUUUAUCUGAUCAUCAGAACACUGGGAAAACUAAUCCCAAGACAUCAAUCUAUCUUCAAAAGUAACCAGUUUUUCCAUGGCAUCAGUAUUCCUGAGCCAGAAGACAUGGAAACUCUUGAAGAAAAGUUCUCAGAUGCUCAUCCCAUGUCUUUGAAUUUCAUGCAGGAGUGUCUGAAGAUGAAUCCUGAUGACAGAUUAACCUGUGCCCAACUCCUGGAGAGCCCCUACUUUGAUUCUUUUCACGAGGACCAAAUUAAAAGAAAAGCACGUACUGAAGUAAGAAACAGAAGACGCCAGCAGAAUCAACUGUUGCCUCUCAUACCAGGAAGCCACAUCUCCCCCACACCUGAUGGAAGAAAACAAGUCCUCCAGUUAAAAUUUGAUCAUCUUCCAAACAUUUAGGAAAAUGUUCUUUCAAGUGGAAAGUAAUUUAAUAUGUACACAUUUUUGUACAAAAGAGAUAGGAAUUCUCAGUGUUUCAAGUGCAAAUGAGCCAUAUGAAAAUUAAGAUGCCUUCUAGAAUUGUUUUGCUCUGAUCAUUACUGAUUCCUCUGCCCGUGCUUUUUACAUGCCAACUUUAUCUUUUAGAACAUUUUCUUUAAAUGUUAUAGAGUCUGAAACUGCACAUAUGGAGGAGACAUUUCCAUUUCAUCAGAGCAGCCCCUCCCGAGGCAAUUUAUAGUGAGAGUUUGUGGGCUUGUACAUUGAUUGUUGGAAAAGAUUUACAUAUGUUAUUUUGGUUUACCUGACCACAUAAUGUCUUAGAGCAUUAUCAAAUAGCUUGCCUAGCUGUUUUUGUGUAAGGAAUGACAUUAUGUUUCUGCAUUUUAAUUCACGCUUACUGUAACCAGGUCUGUUGAGUAAUGCUGAAUUUUAUAUUGGUGUAGGAAGGGAACCUUGAAAUGUCAUGUAGGUUUAUCCCUCGAUUCCAGGGCAGACUCUACUUUGUCUCAUGAGACACUGACGAUUCUAAUUUUAAAGCAAGUCAGAGAAAAUUCCAUACAUUUACAUAGCAAAUAAGGAACUACAAGGAAUUACCAUCCUCAUGACAUAAUGCCCAAUGAUAACCGACUGCUGACUCUAAUGCUGUCCUUUGGAACAUCAUCGUUUCUUAUUCUUUUUCCUGGCUCGAUCAUCUCAGUGCCUAGAUGUAUCCUGUUGGGUGCGUGUCCUAAAUAUUUAGUUCACAGUCGAUAUUCUUCCAAACCUUUGAAUCCAUAGCCUGUGUGAACUUGUGCAGCCCUAAACUUGUGUAUCAUGAGCAGAUCAGGUUUGUAAGUGCUUCCAACAACAGAAAGAUUGUCGUUCAGUUAACUUCUUUGUGUCUCCUACCAAAAAGAGGAAGCAAACAAACAAAACACCACAGUAGGUAAGCCCCGUUUACACUGGGAUAUUUUCCCAAGUACACUUGACAGAUACACCUAAAUACAUACAUACAUAUGUACACAUAUAUACAUAUAUGUUUAUAAGUUUUGAAACAUCAUGAUAGAUGCCUUUUAUCUUAGACAUCAAAGAAUGAGGCAGUCUGUUUAAAGGGCUUUUCGUUUGCUAGCAAGGAACUCAUGUAAAAUAAUAGCAUGGGGUUGUCUAUCACUGCCUGGCAUAAAGGCACAAAAUAGUGAUGUUUCAAUAACUAUUAAGAUUAUUUCAUUAACUCUUUUCUGCUCCUGGGUCUGGCAUGCUUACCUGAACGUUGUCAAAUUUUGCAAAUACACAUAAUUCCAAGAAAUGCCAUGUAUCUGGCACUAUACGCCAAGCAUAAAUUGUUUUUAGGAAAUCACACUAACAUCUUCUGUUCACCUCUAAAAGUUUAUUGCACUUAUAAACAUGGUUGUGGAAACUGCUAGAGAAUCUUGUUCAGUUAUUCGGGAGGAGCAUCUCUUUACUUAGGAAUUAUGGCAUCUCAACAGGGGUUUCUUGCUCACUGGAAGGACAUUCUAAAUGGGCUUAUUUGGCCAUUUAACAUGCUUAGCGUGACUCUAAGCUUCUUUGGUCUUCCUCUUGUCAUUUUAUCAUCAAGAAUGUGCCUCUUCAGAUUUGUAUGUUUCUUGCGUUUUUAAUUAAAUGAUGCCACAGGAGCAAGGAAAAUGAGAAAUAAAAGAUAAACGGCAACUUUGCUGAAAGAUUUCUUUUUAACUUCCAUAGUGUUUUUAUCAUGUAAGCCUUCUUUCUUUUUUUUUUAAAGAUUUUAUUUAUUUAUUCGACAGAGAGAGACAUAGCGAGAGAGGGAACACAAGCAGGGGGAGUGGGAGAGGGAGAAGCAGGCUUCCCGCGGAGCAGGGAGCCCGAUGCGGGGCUCGAUGCGGGGCUCGAUGCGGGGCUCGAUGCGGGGCUCGAUGCGGGGCUCGAUGCGGGGCUCGAUCUCAGGACCCUGGGAUCACGACCUGAGCCAAAGGCAGACACUUAACGACUGAGCCACCCAGGCGCUCCUCAUGUAAGCCUUCUUAUUGCCAAACUACUCAUCCUGCUCCAGCUCUCCUAAAUUACAUUACACACACACACACAGACAAACACACUCAGAAAUUCAGAACACAGCACACAACUCCAGUUCCCAUUUUGCUUAUAAUCAUGCUUCAAACGGUUGAUAGGGUGACUGUCAUUUCUUAGUUUUGCUUACAUUUAAGAAUUACUGCAAACUGGCGUUCUUCUCUCUCAAUUUUUUUUUCCAUAGACAAAUCCAUCAUUUAGAGAUCACUGGGGAGGGGGAAAGAGGAGAAAGCAUCUAAUGCUUAGGAAAGUGCUCUGUUGCAGUCCUUUUACCAUGAAGAAAAACAAUCAUCCGAGUAACAUUUGCACACUGGCCCUUUCCCUGGGCGACCCGCCUCGGAAUCACGCAGGCGCACAGACCUCAACCUACAACUCUUUUCUGUUUUAAGUGCCUGUUUCUCACUUCGGUGCUGCACGGACUCCCUUGCACUUCUCAGCCACAUGGAAGAUAGGUGCGCUUCAGCAUGUAGUGCCCAAAUUAAGUAAUGACUUCUGUAAAACUCAGCGGGCUCUUCACAGAAGCCCACACGGUUCUGUAACCACGCAUUUCCUUUACAUUCUUGUGAGGUUUCUGGCUCACCUGUGACUUGUCUCACCCGUGCCAGCUUUCAAGCUUUUUAAUUUAUGUAUAUAGCUCUUUCCUGGUGCCGUCCAAGUAUUGAGCCAUCAUGGUGAGCAGCACCACCUGAAUGCUCCGCCCUCUCCACUCCCAGGCGUGAUCGCUUCGCACCCUGGUUUCCCCAGACUUUCCACAUCGUACCUGAGAAUCUCCAAGCAGCCAAGCCGUUCGUUUUAUUUGGUUUGCAGAGCACUUCACGGAGAAUUGAAAAUGCGGACUUUAGUUCCUGCUGCUGCUUCAGGGAAGAAGGAAAUAAAUACACCGUAGAAAGGCCGUUUCAUUAGACCUUUAUCAGCCCUGGGAGUCUGCUUGCUUGGACUCUGCCUUUGGGCUCCUUUCAGUCCUGGUCCUAUUCGACCGCACUUGUUCCAACUUGCCCCCAGCCACAAAGCCCUUUUAGGGGGUCGCUUUUGGGGAUUAUUUUAACUAGACUGAAUUGUCAAAAAAUUGUAUUCAAGAGGUUUUUGCAUGCUUUGGAUUAGGGAGAUAAUUGAGGAAGGGGUGCAGACAAAGCUCUCAGGCAGGAAAGAAAGAGGUGAGCAGAGAGCAGACUAUCCCCCUUCUAAGUCAGCCAUAUCACGGCUCGUCAUUGCUCUGCAGAUCUCCCAAACUACAAGACCUAAGAAAAUUAGUAAGUUAUUUUGAAAAAAUUCUCAACUCUGAAGAUUUUUUGUGGUUCUUUAGCUUACUUGCCAUGGAAUUACAGUUGUUCAAAAAGAUGGCACUUUCUUAUUCAUUUGUCACUACCAAUGAUUUCCAAUCCUGGUUUCGGAACAACUUGAAUGGCACAGAAUUCUCAAAAGAAAAAACAAAACAACAACAAAAAGACCAAAAAACUUUUUUUUGUUAAUUAAAACAUACUACCAGAAGAGGAAUGAUCGUACAACUGCACAAACCUUAAAAUCUUUUUUUUUUUUUAAGAUUUUAUUUAUUUAUUUGAGACAGAGAGAAUGAGAGACAGAGAGCACGAGAGGGGGGAGGGUCAGAGGGAGAAGCAGACUCCCCGCCGAGCAGGGAGCCCGAUGCGGGACUCGAUCCCGGGACUCCAGGAUCAUGACGGAGCCGAAGGCAGUCGCUUAACCGACUGAGCCACCCAGGCGCCCAGCACAAACCUUAAAAUCUUGAAAAAAUUGGGGAGUCAGUAUAAGUAUUAACUGAAUCACAGAUUCUGAUUUAUAAUGCAUACGUAUGCAUUACGUAUAAAUUUGUGAUGCAUACAAUUAAGACAUAAAGAUAAAAUGCCACACACAAUAAAGUAAUGUUCUGGGUGUGUGUGUAUGUGUGUGUGAGUGUGGGUGUUUGUUUCCUAAUAAAAUCAUGAACUCAUCAACUUCAUUCUUGUUUUAGUAGAAGACAAAGUCUUUACCAGUGGUAGGUUAAAGAAUAAUAGACUUAUCAUUUGGUCUGGGCGUUAGGACACCAGGUUCUUGACUGGCCUGCAAUUCUCCGUGUAGCCUUGUCACAACGUUUAACUGUUCUGUGCCUUCAUUUUCUCAUUUGAAAAAUAAAGGAAGAGAUAAGCUAGGUGAUUUCUAGGGCUCCCAUUCAGCUGUGGACUUCUAUGAUUCUCCAUAGCACAUGGCAUUUCCGUCCUGGACAUUUCUCCCACUAGAAGAGGCUUUCUAGAGAGGAGCUAGAUCUCUCUCUCUCUCUCUGUGUCUCUGUCUCUCCCCUUCUCCCUCCCCAUCUCUCAUCUCUCCCUCGCUUGCUUGCUUUCACACUCACACACACACAUACACACAACCACUCCCUGCUAGUUCUAUCACGUCAAUAGUUUGCAGACAACUAAUGGAGGUUCAAUUGUAUAAACUAGAGUGGAUUUUAAAGCUAAUUAUCACUAAAUUUUAAUUAAAUAAAACAGGUGUGCUUUUAAAAUGCAGAGUAAUAUGUAAUCAUUCUUUGAUGUUUUAAUAUAUAACUCUAAUUAGCUGGGAAAUGAUACAUAUGCUGUGAAAUACUAAUUUAAGAUCUCCAUUAAGGCAAAGAACACUGAGGACAUUUCUAACUUCAGCAAAACUUUUAAUGCUUUCAGUAAAUGGUAACUUAAGGGAAUUCUACAAAUAUGUCUAAAUUAUACCAGUUUUAUAUUUGAGCAGCAGAGACUCAGUUUCAGUCUACUUUAUAUUUAACCUGUAAUCUACUCAAGCUGAGAUUUGGUUAUCGUACUUAACAGGAGUAGAAACAACUUGUAUUUAUUAAAGUUACAAUUUUUCUUUUCUGUUGUGAACACUAGUCACUGACCAUGUCUCUCAAUACUGUCACAUUGAAGAUUUUAGAAUCUAUUAGUAGAGAAGCAGGUCUAUUUCAAACCUCGUGAACUUGUAGCUGUAAUAUUAAUUAGCACACAAUAAUUAGCAUAAUGACAACUUAUACCGCAGAAACAAUUCACUACAAAGCAGUUUUAGUUAUUAGGUUAAAUAUACGUAAUAUUUUAAAAAUUUAGCUGAAGAUGUUUGGAAAACCUAAAUAUGGGCUUAAAUACUUUGGUGACCUUACAUUUGUAUAUAUAACUCAACCUGAAUAUGUUCUUUAGUUUAUUUUAAUAAAAGUUAGAAAUA